UUGCUGGCCCAGCCGAGAUCAGUGAUUGGUGAUGCGCGCCAGGCCAAUUGGAGGAGUUGUUGUUAGGUGGUCCAGGAGAACCGGUCCGGGAGGGAGGAAGGAGGCACGAUGGUGUUGGAAAGCACUAUGGUUUGCGUGGACAACAGUGAGUACAUGCGGAAUGGGGACUUCUUACCCACCCGGCUACAGGCCCAGCAGGAUGCUGUCAAUAUAGUCUGUCACUCCAAGACCCGCAGCAACCCUGAGAACAACGUGGGCCUCAUCACACUGGCCAAUGACUGUGAAGUGCUGACCACACUCACCCCAGACACUGGCCGCAUCCUGUCUAAGCUUCACACUGUCCAGCCCAAGGGCAAGAUCACCUUCUGCACUGGCAUCCGCGUGGCCCAUCUGGCCCUGAAGCACCGGCAGGGCAAGAAUCACAAGAUGCGAAUCAUUGCCUUUGUGGGAAGUCCUGUGGAGGACAAUGAGAAGGAUCUGGUGAAGCUGGCUAAACGCCUCAAGAAGGAGAAAGUAAACGUUGACAUUAUCAAUUUUGGGGAAGAGGAGGUGAACACGGAAAAGCUGACCGCUUUUGUAAACACAUUGAACGGCAAAGACGGAACCGGUUCUCACCUGGUGACUGUGCCUCCAGGGCCCAGCUUGGCCGAUGCCCUCAUCAGCUCGCCCAUUCUGGCUGGGGAAGGUGGCGCCAUGCUGGGUCUGGGUGCCAGUGACUUUGAAUUUGGAGUGGAUCCCAGCGCUGAUCCUGAGCUGGCCCUGGCCCUGCGUGUUUCUAUGGAAGAACAGCGGCAGCGGCAAGAGGAGGAGGCACGGCGGGCAGCUGCCGCCUCUGCCGCCGAGGCGGGGAUUGCCACGACCGGGGCUGAAGGUGAAAGAGACUCGGACGAUGCCCUGCUCAAGAUGACCAUCAGCCAGCAGGAAUUUGGCCGCACCGGGCUCCCUGACCUAAGCAGUAUGACUGAGGAAGAGCAGAUUGCUUACGCCAUGCAGAUGUCCCUCCAGGGUGCAGAGUUUGGCCAGGCAGAGUCAGCUGACAUGGAUGCCAGUUCAGCCAUGGACACAUCUGAGCCCACCAAGGAGGAGGAUGAUUAUGACGUGAUGCAGGACCCUGAAUUCCUCCAGAGUGUCUUGGAGAACCUUCCAGGCGUGGAUCCCAACAACGAGGCCAUUCGAAAUGCUAUGGGCUCCCUGGCCUCCCAGGCCACCAAGGACGGCAAGAAGGACAAGAAGGAGGAGGACAAGAAGUGAGACUGGCGGGAAAGGGGAGACGAGCCCGUUCAGGGGCCCAAGUAGGGUGGGGUGGGGUAUAGGCUUAGAGGUGUUGUCUGUAACCACUGCAGCCUAAAUAAAGCUUGGCAACUUUUUUUCUUUUGCUUUUUUGCU